AUGGGGGCCUGGUACGGAGCUGGAGUACCUGGUACCCUACAGACCCGCAGGGCUUGUUUGCGGCUUAUAAACGAGUGGGGCUCAGCAGAUUCGUACACAAGCAGACCCUCAGACUCUGAUGUCUCUUUGGAAGAAGACAGAGAAGCAAUCCGCCAAGAAAGAGAACAACAAGCAGCUAUACAACUUGAAAGGGCGAAGUCCAAACCAGUAGCAUUUGCUGUUAAGACUAACGUGAGUUACUGUGGAGCUCUGGAUGAAGAUGUUCCUGUCCCAAGCACCGCCAUCUCUUUUGAUGCCAAGGACUUCCUACACAUCAAAGAGAAAUAUAAUAAUGACUGGUGGAUAGGAAGGCUGGUUAAGGAGGGCUGCGAGAUUGGCUUUAUUCCAAGCCCGCUUAGACUGGAGAAUAUCCGCAUUCAACAGGAGCAGAAGAGGGGACGUUUCCAUGGAGGGAAAUCGAGUGGAAAUUCUUCUUCAAGUCUUGGAGAAAUGGUUUCUGGCACAUUUCGAGCCACACCCACUUCCACGGCAAAACAGAAACAAAAAGUGACAGAACAUGUUCCCCCUUAUGAUGUAGUACCAUCAAUGAGACCUGUUGUCUUGGUGGGUCCAUCACUGAAAGGCUAUGAGGUGACAGACAUGAUGCAGAAAGCUCUCUUUGACUUCCUGAAGCACAGGUUUGACGGGAGGAUAUCAAUAACUAGAGUGACAGCUGACAUUUCUCUUGCUAAGAGGUCUGUUCUAAAUAAUCCAAGCAAGAGGGCAAUAAUUGAGCGGUCAAAUACAAGAUCCAGUUUAGCUGAAGUCCAGAGCGAAAUUGAAAGAAUCUUUGAACUGGCAAGGUCCUUACAACUGGUCGUCCUAGAUGCAGACACUAUCAAUCACCCUGCACAACUUAUCAAGACAUCUUUAGCACCAAUUAUUGUCCAUGUUAAAGUGUCUUCUCCAAAGGUUUUGCAGCGACUGAUUAAAUCUAGAGGAAAAUCACAAAGUAAACACUUGAAUGUUCAGUUGGUGGCAGCUGAUAAACUUGCACAAUGCCCACCAGAAAUGUUUGAUGUAAUUUUGGAUGAAAACCAGCUUGAAGAUGCUUGCGAACACUUGGCAGAAUACCUUGAGGCAUACUGGCGUGCUACUCACACCACCAGUAGCACACCCAUGACUCCUCUCCUGGGGCGGAAUUUAGGAUCCACUGCACUUUCACCAUACCCUGCUGCAAUCUCUGGAUUACAGGGAUAGCUCAAAAACGGCUGAACUUUGAAACUUCAAACGUGGCAUGUAAAUAGUCCUUAAUGAGAAGUACGUGCUUUACUAAGUUUGGAAACAGAAAAUGUUUUUGAUUAAUAGUUAUGAAUGCUUGAGAAGAGCAGGAUUGCAGCAAACUUUUUAAUUCUGAAAGUUCCAGAAGGAGUUCUGUAUGUGUGUGACUUUCUAGGAGUGUGCGCAUUCUAAUGUAUGUCAAAAGUAGAGUUGAGCAACUUACGUUUAAUGAAUAAUUCACCUGACAAAUUUAACCUCUGUUCUGCUUGUAGAGUAUCUGGAAGCAGGUAACAAUUUUGAAGGAAAUGAUUCGUUGUUCAGUGUUUCCAAUUAACAUAAAGCUGUUUUUUCUGUGAGUGGAUUGCACUUCACUGAAGGUGCAUGAUACCCGAUACUCACAUUCCUAAUGCUGUGCUUGAUUUUAUUAGGGUCAGUAAGUCACUGUUUCCUGACUGGCUGAAUGCACAAGCACUGUUCUAUUACUAAUAACAUGCACAUGUG